AUUGGGUAUGGCAGUGGUCAGAACACUGGUAUGAGGUAUGGUAGUGAUCAGGAUGCUGGUAUGGGGUAUGGCAGUGUUCAGGACACUGGUAUGGGGUAUGGGGUGAUCAGAACACUGGUAUGGGGUAUGGCGGUGAUCAGGAUGCUGGUAUGGGGUGAUCAGAACACUGGUAUGGGGUAUGGCGGUGAUCAGGAUGCUGGUAUGGGGUAUGGCAGUGAUCAGAACACUGGUAUGGCGUAUGGCAGUGAUCACGGAGCUGGUAUGGGGCAUGGCGGUGAAUAGGACACUGGUAUAG